AUGCCUUCAUCACUCAAGGGAUGGCAUCCUGGCGAGGUCGCUGUGCAGCACAAGUUAGGAUUUGAUGAGGCUGUUCGAACCGGCUGGCAGCUAAAUGAAAAUUCCAUGCGCGAACAACACCGGACAUUCCACACCACCAAUCUCCCAUUCAUACCAGUUACCACUAUCGAUAGUCGAGGUCGUCCGUGGGCCUCCAUAUUAGUCGGAGCUGACGGAGAGAUUGGAUUUGUUCGGAGUCCGAAUGCGCAUACGCUCACUGUCAAAUCACGCCUGUGGCCAGGAGAGCCUUUGAUCCAAACAGUCGAGACAUGGCUAGCACGUCGCCAACAUAAGCCCAUCCAAAUGCGUUAUCUCACAGCCGGGCUCGGUAUUGAACUUGCUACGAGAAGAAGAAACAAAUUUGCAGGGCAUAUAUCAGACGUGACGAAAGUAGGGACUUACGAUUUCGACCUAACCCUAACUGUGAAUCAGACUUUGGGGAAUUGCCCGAAAUACAUCAACGUCCGCACUCUGGCACCGCAACCGGAAACUGACCCACAAAUCGCAUAUACCAAUUGCGAUAUGGAUCCUCAUGCACGUCUUCCGGAAGAAGUAAUAAACUUUAUUACAGAUGCAGACACUGUUUUCAUUGGAACAGUCUACAAAGCCAAAGCAGCGGAUGCUGAGAACUAUCCCUCGCAUGCAGGAAUGAAUGCACGAAGUGGAUUGCCGGGAUUUGUUCGCGUCCGUCCGUCUGAUGGACGGACUGUUGUACUUCCCGACUACUCAGGCAACCGAUUUAUGUCCUCGCUGGGAAAUAUUUACUCAUCUGAAGUGGCGGGCCUGAGCAUCGUAUCAUUUGCUACAGGUGAUGUCUUAUAUCUCACAGGCAACGCCCAGGUGUUGAUAGGCCUACCGGCUCUCGAAUUGAUGCCGCGUCAGGCCACUCUAUGUGUGCUCGAAACAACCGGAUAUACGCUUGUGCGUAAUGCCUUGCCUGUACGGCAGGUUUCUGGAACCAAUGUUGAACGCAGUCCAUACAGUCCUCAGGUCAAAUAUCUCCAAGAAGAGCCUCAAGGGAUGCCAUCAAUGACCGACGCGCCCAUUGCACGACUCGCAACUGUGGUAAAAUUUGCCAAAGAUAUUGCAACUUUGCAUUUCGAUGUCACUUAUCGGUCUAAGAAGCAACUAAAAAUUCGGCCGGGGCAAGCGAUCGCUCUAGAUUUUAUGGAUUGGAUGGGACUCCCAGACUACCAACACAUGGCUGCUGAUGCCCCAGGAUCGCUGAAUGAUGAUCGUGUGCGUACAUGGACUGUUUCAAGUGGACAUGAACGCGGACCUGUAUGUGGCUUUGAUUUAACAAUGCGAGAAAAGAAAGGCGGUGCCGUGACAGGCGCUCUAUUCGACGUCAUUCGUGAACACGGAGCACAGCAGAAAUAUGGGCAAGAGAUAGACGUCCGCGCCCUCGAAAUCGAUGCUCCAGUAGUCGGUAUAACCGGUGAUUUCUGUCUUCCUUUCAGAGGAUUAAAAAUACUCUGGGUGGCUGGUGGCAUCGGUCUCACUCCAUUCAUGGCCAUGUUGGCAGCUCUAUCUCAGCGCGGGUCCGAUGCCCGGGGUGAAUUUACCCUUGCCAUUUCCACUCGAGAACCAACAACAUUUCUACGCCUUAUCGAAUCCGCGUUGUCAGCCGAUAUUUCUAACCUGCGAAUAUGUAUCGACAUUUUCACGAACGAAAUUGUGUCGCAGAGCAGGACUUUGCAAGAUCGGAACAUUCGGGUCAUCUCUCACAAGGGUCGUAUCCAACAAUCAUACUGGGAUACAGUUUCUGGAGCAGAAAAAGUUUAUAUUUGCGGACCGGCAGGGUUUGGAGACUCUGCUGUCGAUGGACUACGCGCUGCAGGUGUAGAUGGUGAAAGAAUCUUUCGAGAGGGAUUCUUUUAA